AUGGCCACUAAGCUCGUCCCUAAAAUCGCCAUCAGCGGCGGUGGCCCAGCGGGCCUAACCCUCGGCCUCCUUCUACACAAGUCAAACAUCCCUUUCACAAUCUACGAGCUGCGCCAAAAGCCCACAAAGGCCGACCUCGCCAAACCAUCCGGAAUGCUCGAUUUACACGAAGAGUCCGGUCUCGCGGCGCUCAGGGAAUGCGGGCUCUAUAAUACAUUCCUCACCCUGACAGGCGAAUGCUCCGAGGCGCAACGAGUGGCUAAUAUACACGGCAACAUCGUCUACGCUGAUGAAGGCGAACUGAGCGAGAGGCCCGAGAUCUCAAGGCAUGCGCUCACGAAUCUCCUGACUGAACACCUACCACCGGGCUCAAUCAAGUAUGGGCAUAAGCUUCUCUCUGUCAAACCAGAUACCAAAGAGCUCGACUUUGGUCCUCAUGGAAAGAGCCCAUUCGACCUCCUCAUCGGCGCUGAUGGCGCCUGGUCUCGCGCGCGAACUGCUCUAACAGAUGUCAUGCCACACUACACCGGCACGCAAAGCAUCACAGUGACAAUCCCAGCCAUCAGCUCAAAGUAUCCGCACCUAUCAUCCCUCAUCGGACGUGGCAGUUUCUCAGCCCUAGGUCUCCGCCACGGCGUAAUGGCACAGCGCGGACCCGCAGACUCAGCCCGAAUCUAUACCUUCCUCUCCAUAACCGACGAGCACUUCCCCUCGUCAUCAGGACUCGACAAGCUCGAUCUAAAGUCCGCCGAGGAGCGCAUCCUUACAGAUGCCAACCUCCUCGGUUCAUUUGGCGAGCCGCUGAAAGAAUUAUUCUCCGCUUCUUGCGCCGAGGAGUCGCAAGGAAACCCCGGUCUCACUACGCUGCCGAUCAAGCCCCUCUACACUCUCCCGACAAACACGACCUUCCCCCACAACAGCCACCAAGAUACCGCCAUUACGCUCAUCGGUGACGCAGCGCACCUUAUGCCACCCUGGGCCGGGGAGGGCGUGAAUCUCGCGAUGUGGGACGCGCUUCUGCUCUCGAAGGCCAUCGUCAGUGCGUUUGAGCAGAGCACCGGCGAGCCUGCGUCCUUCCUUUCUGCUCUUGAUCCGCUACUGCAAGCCUUCGAGACGGAGAUGUUCUCCCGAGUACAUGAGAAGACCGAGGAGACGGAGGCGAAUGGCAAGAUGUUAUUUGGGGAGGAUGGGGCGAUGGCGUUUAAGAGGUUCUUUGAGCGCGCGUAUGGGGAGAGCAGGCCCUGA